AUGGAGAAGGAGCUGAGUGAGCUUUUUGAAUCUGUGAAGAGGGCCGCAGAUGCUGCUGAGAACUCUCCAGGAGAAGAGGAUCGGUGCAUUGAUGCAUUAAAACAGCUCAAGAAGUUCCCAGUCAAUUAUGAAGUUCUUGUGUCCACAAAGGUUGGGAAACAUCUCCGCCAGCUGACCAAACACAGAAGCGAUCGGAUCAAGACCUUAGCAACUGAUGUGGUCGGGAUAUGGAAGGGCAUAAUCGUCAAAGAAACUUCCACAGCCAAGAAAAACGGUGUUACUGACCUCACUGAAACCAACAAUACAAAGAACCUCCACAGAACAAACUCCAUCAAGGCUGAGCAAUCCUCAUCAGCCAAGAAACUACAAAUAGAGAAAACCACAACCACAACCUCAACCUAUAAUGCCCACUCGAGCACGUCCACCAUCAAAACUGAGACGAAGGUCAAAGUUGAGAAGUCAAAUGUGGCGGCGGCCCCACCGAAGCUCACGUCCCUUGUCUAUUGCAAGGACGAGCCCCGUGACCGAAUUCGGGAACUUCUCGCCGAGGCCCUGUGCAAGGUUCCGGGUGAGGUCGAGCACGAUUCGUCCCUCGGGGACCGUGUUGGGAGAUGCGAUCCUUACAGGGUUGCAGUCAUGGUGGAGACUGCCAUGUUCGACAAGUGGGGAAGCUCGAAGGGGGCUCAGAAGCACAGGUACCGCUCGAUCAUGUUCAACAUCAAGGACAAUAACAACCCGGAUUUCCGGAGGAAAGUGCUCGUGGGGGAAUUUGAGCCUCGGGCAGUGCCCGACCUGACUCCCGAACAGAUGGCGAGCGACGAGCGGCGAGUGGAGAACGAGAAGCUCAAGCAGAAGGCGCUGUUCAACAGCGAGCGGGCGGCGGCCCCAAAGGCAAGCACGAACGAGUUCACGUGCGGGAGGUGCAAGAAGAAGGAGACGACGUAUUACCAGAUGCAGACUAGGAGUGCAGACGAGCCCAUGACGACUUUUGUCACUUGCGUCAACUGCGGGAACCAUUGGAAAUUCUGUUAG